AUGUUCUCCAAAGUCCGCAACAUAAUGCGGUGUCAACGUCCAGCGCCGCUAACUCAGACCGAGGACAAGCAAGAAGUCUAUGAUCCGCGCCCAGAAGAUUAUCCAGUCUUUCCACCAAUGCCUCCGAGAUAUCUCAUCCCAAACCGUGAUCAGCAUUGGGCGAAAAUUGCGCAGAGGAAAUUUGCGGCGCCUCAAGGCACAUUCGAGGACUCCUCACUAUAUGCGCUGUACCGUUUGUAUGAGGUCAUUGUACUCGACAAGGUGUUUGCGUACAGAAAUGGACUGGAGAUGUUUUGGAGGCAAAAGACGUGGGCGGUCAAAGACAUAGCCGACCCUAAAGACGAUGACCCAGAGCGGUAUGCCUUUCUCGCUGGUUGCACUUAUUUGCUUGCCCGAUCUUUCAACCAAAGAAUCAAGCUUGGGCUCAGCCGGCAGAUGUCAGCAAUAAUGCUUCACGAGCAGGUUGAAGAACUCAGGAAUCAGCCGGAUCAACUCCGCCAGUAUGAGCAGGUUCCCGAGUGGGCCCAAGCUGCCAAAGCGUUGGAGGAAACUCUGUUCAUCCCCACACAUGACGGCGAGGUUUUGAUAGGGAAGGCGGACGAACGAGCGGACCCGGACUUCCUCAACAAGAAUAUUGUGCUAUGGACCCCCCACAUCUUUUUCACAUGA